CUAAUAAGUCCAAAUAAUCGGAACGGUUAGCGAAGUAGCAGAGAGAGAAGCUAAGAGACGACAUCAAACUCUAUAAUAAGUGUUUCAAUCCCAAAAGGAAGGUUUCUCUCAGUAUCAUGUAGGAUUGUUUUCGAGUUCUACUCCUCGCUCUGACCCAAAUCAGCUCUCUUUAUCUACCAAGAGAUCGAAUUGUUUGUUGUAGUUGUCACAUAACGUAGAUGGCGGAUCCUCCCCCAAAUUCAUGUUUCAAAGAGGGUAAAUUCACGGCGCCGGGGUUUCGAUUCCACCCGACAGACGAGGAGCUUGUCAUGUAUUAUCUCAAGAGGAAGAUCUACAGAAAAAGGCUUACUGUCAAUGCCAUCGGCGUCGUCGAUGUUUACAAGAUCGAACCCGACGACUUGCCUGGUCAGUCGGUGUUGAAGACAGGAGAACGACAGUGGUUCUACUUCACACCAAGGAGCAGGAAGUAUCCAAACGCAGCUAGGUCGGGUAGAGGCACUCCAACUGGGUAUUGGAAGGCUACAGGGAAGGAUCGAGUCAUUUUCUACAACUCCAGAUCGGUUGGACUUAAGAAGACUCUUGUUUUCUAUAGAGGUAAGGCACCUACUGGUGAGCGUACUGACUGGGUUAUGCAUGAGUACACUAUGAAUGAAGAAGAACUCGACCGUUGUAAUAACGCCAAGGAUUACUAUGCUCUGUAUAAGCUGUUCAAGAAAAGUGGGUCUGGUCCCAAGAACGGUGAGGAUUAUGGUGCUCCCUUCCAAGAAGAAGAAUGGCUUGAUGAUGAUGAUGAUAGUGAAGAUGGUGAUGAUAUUGCUGUGCCUGAGGAACCUCUUGUUCGUCAUGAGGAUACUCCUUGUGUGGAUAACGGCAGACUUUUCGAGCCUGUAAAUGUUCAGUUAGAUGAUUUCGAGGAGAUUCUCAAUGGAUUCCCACGUGCACCUUUGGUUCCUCAGAGCUGUAUUGAUGGCAUUGCUUUUAGUGUUCCCCUGGUUAACAGCGAAGAAGAGCUGCAGAGCACGUUGGUAAAUAAUUCUUCUGGGGAGUUUCUUAGUCCCCAGCAGACGGGAGGGUUCUUGCCGAACGGCGAGCCAUACAUCAGGCCCUCGAGCUCUGCUGUUGAGCCUUUUGUGUUUGAGAAGGAGGAUUACAUUGAAGUGGAUGAUCUUCUGGCCCCUGAACUCGGAGCUUCUUCAGUUGAGAGACCUGCACAGUUCUUGAACCCUGGUGAAUUUGGAGACUUUAGCGAGUUUGACCAAUUGUUCCAUGACGUUUCCAUGUCUUUGGAUAUGGAACCUAUUGCUCAGGAAACUUCUGUGCAUCCGUCUUCUCCGUGUAAAUUUGCCGACAACACAUCCAACGAGAAACAGCAUUUCCUUAAUCAGCAGUUCCAGGACCAGAUCCCUGAGAACAAGGUGAACAACAAUGAUUUCACUGACGAUGUGUGGUUUCAAGAUGAUGAUGAUGAUCAGGCUGUUCUCUUUGAUCAACCACAAUCUAUUACUUCUGGAUCAUUCGCGCCUCUGCCCUCAUCAGGUGUGAUGCCUGGUACUGCAAACGUAAAUGCCCAAGACCAGGAAGGUGAGAAUGGUGGUGGAACAAGCCCCUUCACAUCGGCUCUGUGGGCAUUCAUGGAUUCAAUACCUUCAACGCCAGCCUCUGCGUGUGAGGGUCCUAUAAACCGGACCUUUGUGCGUAUGUCUAGCUUUAGCCGUAUCAGGUUCAGUGGAAAGGCUAAUGGAACUCCGUCAGUGACUAGUACCGUAGUAGUAGCAAAGAAGCGUAGGAGAAACAGAGGGUUUCUUCUCUUAUCAAUUGUGGGUGCUUUGUGUGCCAUCUUCUGGGUGUUCAUAGCCACGGUUGGAGCCUCCGGGAGACCAGUCUUGUCGUGAAAGCUGGUUUUGUUGUACCAGGUUUAUCUAAUUACAUGUAAGUUAGAAAAAAACCAUGAUUAUGUUAAUCAUGGAAUAAUUAUUGAGCUAUUCUAGUAUAUGAGUCUUUGAAUGUGUACGUAGUUUGAAAGAGUAAAGAAUGUUAAAUUGCUGAUAAAAGAGUUCUGUUUAUUCUUGAUUGUUCAAUGCUUUUUGUUUGCAUAUC